AUGCCUAUCCCCACACACUUUACCCUCAACACAGGCGCGCAGAUACCAGCUGUGGGCUUCGGCACAUGGCAAGCGAAGCCAGGAGAGGUCGAGCGCGCUGUGGAGACGGCACUCAAGGCAGGCUACCGCCACAUUGAUUGUGCUGCCAUCUAUCGCAAUGAAGCUGAAGUAGGCGACGGCAUAAGGAGGAGUGGUGUCCCUCGCUCCGAAAUAUUCCUUACCGGCAAGCUAUGGAACACCAAACAUGCACCGGAAGACGUUGAAGCAGCUCUCGAUAAGUCGCUUCAGGAUUUAGGCGUCGAAUAUCUCGAUCUGUUCCUGAUGCAUUGGCCCGUUGCCUUCAAUGGUGCUACGGGCAAGUGGUUCCCACUGCGUGAGAACGGUGUGUUUGACCUCGUUGACAUCGAUCCUGCGACAACAUAUAAAGCCAUGGAGAAGCUGCUUGACACUGGCAAGGUUCGCGCCAUUGGCGUAUCCAACUUCACCGUCAACCGCCUCAACGAUCUUCUCUCCAAGACUGAUGUCGUACCGGCGGUAAACCAGGUUGAAGCGCAUCCAUACCUUCAACAGCCUCCCCUCUUCGAUUUUUGCAAGAGCAAAGGUAUUCUCAUUGAAGCCUACUCACCCCUUGGAAACAACCAAACCGGCGAGCCGCGAACUGUUGACGACGAGCUUGUAAGUGUCUUGGGCCGCAGACUAGGCAUGGAUGGCGGCCAGCUGCUUGCGAGUUGGGGCAUUCAGCGGGGUACUGUGGUGCUGCCCAAGAGCGUCACACCAAACAGGAUCAAAAGCAACAUGCAGGUCAAGGAACUGCCCAAGGAUGCUUUCGAUGAGUUGAGCGGGCUGGAGAGGCACAAGCGGUUCAACGUGCAGUCCCGAUGGGGGUUCGAUAUCUUCGAAGAAUUAGGCCAGGAGCAGGUGCGGAAGAUCGCGGAAGAAUGCGCCGAGGAGAACAAAACGAAAUUUACGGUAUAG